AUGGCGGAGGUGGGCCGGGCGGUGGUGCGCGACCCUGGGGCGCUGCUGCCGGGGGGUUUCUGGGCCGCCGUGGCCGUGUGGCUCGAGAGACCGCAGGUGGCCAACAAGCGGCUGUGCGGAGCCCGCCUGGAGGCCCGCUGGGAAGCCACCCUGCCCCGCGCCGAGCCGGAAUCUCCCGGGAGCCCCCCAAGUCCUAGCCCGCGAGCAGGCCCCGAACGGGGCGGAGCGGCUGUCUGGGAGCCGGACUCGCUCUGGGGAGAGUUCUCCCGAAGCCUGGCCAGUGGCGAUGGGCAGUUGUUGGCCUUCCUUGCCGGCGCUGAGGCCGGGCUGCAGCCGGCCGCGCCGGGAGACUUGGACGUGGUUCUCAGAACCAUCAUCCCGAAAAGGCAGCCCCAGUGCCCUUGCUCGACUCCGGGGAGAGAGCUGGUCCUGCAAGAUGUUCCCAGGGGAGCUGUGACUUUCGUGCCUUUGGAAGAAGACACCGAAGGGAACAUAAAGGUUAAGAUGAGCAACGUUUAUCAGAUUCAGCUGCAUCAAGGCCAGGAGGCAUGGUUCAUAUCUGUUUUAAUUUUCUGUCCAGAAAGAUGGCAUUCUGAUGGGAUUGUGUAUCCCAGACCCACCUGGCUUGGAAGCGAGCUUCUAACCAGGCUGGCCAAGUGGGCGGUGGAGAGCAAGAAGAGUGAGUUUACGAAGACGCUCUCUCUAGUCCCCAUCACCAAGUACAGCCAACUCUACCAGGAGCUCAAGGAGCAGUAUAAGGAGAUGGUGAAGGUGUGGCCCGAAGUCACCGACCCUGAGAAGUUCGUGUACGAAGAUGUAGCCAUCGCCACGUACCUGCUGAUCCUGUGGGAGGAGGAACGAGCCAAGCGCGGGGUGGUGGAGAAGCAGUCCUUCGUGGACCUGGGCUGCGGGAACGGGCUCCUGACACACAUCCUCCACCGCGCAGGGCACCCAGGCCGCGGGAUUGAUGUCCGAAGAAGACACAUAUGGACCAUGUUCGGGGCAGAGACGCACUUGGAGGAAGGCGCCAUCACGCCUGACGAUCGGAACCUCUUUCCUGAUGCGGACUGGCUGAUCGGUAACCACUCCGAUGAGCUCACGCCCUGGAUACCGGUCAUCGCCGCCAGGUCCUCCUAUCGCUGCCGCUUCUUCGUGCUCCCCUGCUGUUUCUUCGGCUUCGCGGGGAAGUACCGGCGGCGCCAGAGCCAGAAGACGCAGUACCGCGAGUACCUGGACUUCAUCAGGGAGGUGGGCCAGGCGUGCGGCUUUCACGUAGAGGAAGACUGCCUGCGGAUUCCGUCCACCAAGAGAGUCUGCCUCAUCGGGAAGUCCAGGACAUACCCGCCCGCCAGGGAAGCUGCCGUGGAUGCGCAGAGGGCUCAGUACAUUCACAGCUGGGGGGGCCCUUGGGGUCCAGGGCAACAGGACUGCACCACCCCCCAGGAUGGUCCCAGAACCCAGGAUGCGGGAGCCCAGCCCAAGCCAGAGCCUGUGGCGGCUGCAGCCCCAGCACAAGACUCCUGGCUGCCGGGCUUCCGGCCAAGGGACAGAGUGGAGCGCGUGAGGAACUGUGCCGCCCUCCCUGGUGACUUCGUGGACCGGGUGGUGGUGCAGGUGGCCCAUCUGCUGCUGGGCGGGAAGCCUGCGUGCCCUGGGGACGCUUCUCCAGAGGCCGGUGUGCUGCCCUGGAACCCGGGAGGAAGCCUGUCCUUGGCAGAAGUGGCCAGCAAGCUGGACUCGGAGACUCUGCAGAGACUCAAGAGGGAGUGUGGGGGCCUGCAGACACUGCUCCGUAACCGCCACCAGGUGUUCACAGUUCGGGAUGGACGUGUUCGAAUCCGUGACUGGAGAAAGGAGCAGCCGCCGAGGGGACCCGCUGCCGACGCCUUCAAGACCCGGCCCUGCUGGUUCUUCACGCAUCACCCGGAUGGCUGCGUCCUGUCCGCCGCCCGCUGCCCAUUCGCCCACGGCCCCGGUGAGCUGCGGCCCGCCCAGAUUACGAGGAGGGCCCGGCAGCUUCCUCGACCCGUGCCCGCCGAGGCCUGA